AUGGCCUCAAAUAUCAAAUACGGCACUGGCAACGCGCCUGGUGAUUAUGCGCCCAAGGGCGAUAUCGUGAAGCCUCAGUCUGUUGUCAACGUACACAAGACACACGAUGAAGAAAGCCCGUUAUUAUCGCGACCGGAUUCGACAGAGACAACGGCAAAGGCUUUGAAAGGCGUGGGAACAAUUGUCGCCGUGCUUCUUCUGGGCGAAUUUAUUUCCAACGCAGAUGCGACUCUGGUUUUAGCGGCUGCUGGCCACAUUUCUUCCCAAUUCAAUCGACUACGCGAUGCAAGUUGGCUUUCCACCGGAUACACAAUUGGCCUUUGCGCCGCACAGCCCAUGUACGGCAAAUUGAGCGAUAUCUACGGUCGAAAACCACUUUUGCUGGUAUCCUACUUCCUCUUCGCCCUUGGAUGCAUUAUAAGUGGCAUCGGACAUGAUAUGUGGGUGGUUAUUCUUGGACGCGCCAUUUGUGGAAUGGGUGGUGGUGGGAUUAUGACCAUCAGUUCGAUUAUCAUUACAGAUAUUGUUCCCCGACGCGAAGUGGCCACUUGGAGAGCCUAUGUCAAUGUUGCGAUGACGCUCGGCCGUAGUCUCGGUGGCCCCCUGGGAGGAUGGCUCAGCGACUCGAUCGGAUGGAGAUGGCUUUUCUUGCUCCAAGCUCCUUUUGUUGCUCUUGCCGCUCUGCUUGUAAUCGUCAAACUCCCGAUAACUCAGCCUUUGUCUCUAGAUACCGCCAUAGACGGCAAAUCAUCCCGCCUCAAGCGAAUUGACUUCCUGGGAACCGCUCUUCUCGGCUCUUCAAUCAUCACUAUAACAGCGUUGUUGGAUCAGGGCGGAAAGUCGUUCCCCUGGCGCUCAUGGCUCACGGUAUUCACGGCUGGGGGCGGAUUACUGCUGCUCCUCGCAUUCGUGUUGGUUGAGUCCUACGUUGCCAAGGACCCUGUCUUUCCUCUUCGAAUCCUACGUCGACCGAAUGUAGCUACGAGCUAUCUCAUUUCAGUGCUGCAGAUUACAGCACAGCUGGGAAUGAUGUUUUCGAUCCCCCUAUACUUCCAAGUCACGCAGCGUGCUUCGACCACAGAAUCCGGAUUCCAUCUCAUACCAGCCGUCAUUGGAAAUACAUUGGGUGGUCUCCUUGCUGGUGGAUUCAUUAGACGCACUGGACAAUUUAAGGUCCUUCUCAUUCUAGCUGGACUGAUUGCCUCCGUGACGUACACGCUGCUCUAUCUGCGAUGGAACGGAAAUACUGGAUUCUGGGAGUCUCUAUACAUCAUUCCGGGUGGACUGGGAACGGGAAUUGCGUCAGCUUCCGCAUUCAUUGCUAUGACAUCCAUGCUGCCACCCCAAGAGAUCGCUAUGGCGACGUCUGCGUACAUGCUGUUGAUCAGCUUUGCCAUGACAGCAGGUGUCACCACUUCCAAUGCCGUCCUCGGAGCGGAGUUCCAGCAUCAACUUCGACAGAACCUGCACGGUCCUGGAUCCGAGAAGGUGAUCCAACGCGCAAUGGCGGAUACCGGCUAUAUUGCCCAUCUCACAGGUCACAUUCGUGAGAUUGUGGUCGACUGCUACCUCUUGGGUCUGAAGCACACCUAUUUGGUGUCACUUGGCUGUUCCCUAGCCGCUGCAUUUUUGGGCCUUUUCAUUCGUCAUCACCAGAUUUAG